AAUUAAUUCAAAGAUGAAGUAUCUUGCUCUCUCCUUGAUCCUUGUUAUGGCUGGUCUCUACUUUGGCCCUGAGGCUGCUAAGACCCUUGUAGGUAGCCAAGAAGAAUUACUCACUGUCAGAACUCCUGAUAUGUGCUGGCAAUUCUGUAACACCUUCCAUGGUCCAAACAAUACUAUCAGGUUAGCAUGUGCUCACCCAAGGACUUCUGAUAUGUGUAAUCUUCCUUUCAGAUCUUGCUGCACCUGGCAAAAUGUGCCAUGUAAUGGUACUUUCAUCCACCCUACUCAGCUCAUUGACAUGGAUAGGUGUGACGACUUCGAACACCCUCACAACAACACUUUGGAUCAUGAAUAAU